AUGGCGGAGCGGGUUGAACUUUGUGACAUCUCGACUUUAGACAGCUUCACAAACAGAGGGCACGCUGCGGUCACCGGGGGCAACGCUCUGGUCAAUGGGGUCUGGCACAACGCGGCAAAGAGGGUGCCGGGACGGUGGCGAUCCGGGGGAAGGCUUCUACUCAGCGCCCACGUCCUGUCCGCUAUCAUCACCUGCUCCGUCUUCAUCCAAACACAAACAUCUGUCCACUCCGACCUCUGCCAUGGAGGAGACCAAGAGAGGCAGAGGUCAUGUACAGACUCUGACCUGUUGGAUCCCCCUGUGGUACACCUGCUGCCCAUCCGCCAGUGCACAGGGCUGAGGAAUCUCAGACCAUAUUACACACAUUACCAAAGCAGAGCGGUGCCAGCGGUCAGCAGCCAUCACGCGCUCGGGCCUAAUGCUGCUGAUGAGGGAGAGGCCAGUUCAGUGCCCUCAGGGGGGACCGCAGCAUCAGGAAUGCGGCAUGCCAAAAAGCUGGCUCCACUGGCACCAAACCAAAUGCCUUCAGCCCCCUCCUCCACCCCCCGGCUCCUGCUGCACCGGGGCCACCUCUCCUAA